AUGGUUGGACGAGAAGUAGAAGCCGCGACAAUUCCUUCGUCGUUUCUCAGUUCCUUCGCUUCUUUUACGUCCGGAAGCAAGUUCAAAUUUCCUGUCAAAACCUCACUUUCUGUCAAAUUUUGCUGGAGAAGACCCACCACUACCUCCGCCGCUUCUUCUCCCUCAAAUGGAACUGCGUCUUGCAAAUCAAAUUCGAAUGCUUUCCGGAAGAGAGUGCUUAUAUGGCAAUGGCGUCGUUUCUCCUCUCUCAUGGCACCAAUUAUCCUGUUGCUGCUCAGCAUUGAGUAUCAUUUCAGUUUCUCUCCUUGCAGGAAAAAAUCUCUCAUAUUUUUCUCCAUUAUUUAUCACUGGGGUGCUAGAGGCCAUUUCUACAGACCUGUUGAUGAACAUAUACAUAGUGGGUUUGAAUCAGCUUAUAAAAAUUAUGAAAAUAUACCCCAAUCUGGAGAGGGCUCAGUGAAGGAAUGCAAGCCAACUAGGAAAGAUGGAGAUGGUGAAGAUCAUCCUUACGGGGGUAUUAUUACAGCAGAGAAUAGAAACCAGGAUUCCCUAUUCUAUGAGUUCAGUGAUAGCAUAUGUAAAAUCCGGUCUUGCGGUUGUCGAUUGGGAUGGAAACCUGAUCAAAAGGGUGUUCAUAUAAGAAAAAUUGGUCCCAGUGCUCUAAAAUUCAAAAUUUUGAAACCAUCUGAUGUUAUCCUUAGCUUUGAUGGGAUUGAUAUUGCCAAUGAUAUGGAACAGGGACGUUUAAGGAAUGGAGAGGAUAAAUCCAGAAGGUUUUUCAAGGAGUUGAGUGAAGAGGAAAGAGAUAAUGCCGAGAAAUUGAUGGAUUAUCAAGUGCUUAAGCAUUAG